AUGACACACCCUUAUCCAGAUCCCAGUUCAAUUUCUUCUACAAGAGAUAGUUAUUAUUUUGAUACAAAAUAUUAUGAAGUUAAUCAAAUGACGAUUAUUCUAAAUCCAAGACAAAUACCAAUUCAUGCCUCACAAGUAAAUACUCAAAAUGAUUUAUUCUUUAAUUAUCUAAUGGCAGCCAUUUUAACUGGUAUUGUUCCUUCAGACCAUUUUCAUCUUAAGUUAUCAACUGAUUAUUUUCCAAAUCCAAUUUGUACUUUAACAAAAGAUGGAAUUCAAUUUAGAGUUCUUAUAACACCUUAUGCGCAUCAUCAUGGAAAGAAUUUCUUUGGACAAGAAUGGUUUGUUGGAGAUGACAAAACAUGUCCAUCAGGUAUUAUUUUACAUCCAACAUACAUGAGACCAAAUACUGCUUUUUAUCCUGAAGAUUUAUCAGUUAGUACAAAUAUUCAAGAAGAAAAUGUCCCAUUCUUAAGAUUUACUGAAGUAACAAUGGCAUUUUUACUUGAUUCAGGAAAUUAUGAAGUUGAUUGGAGAUAUGGAAAACCUCCAAUUUUCGGAAACAAAGAUUUCAUCAGUGGAGAAUAUAUUCCAAAUUGGCCAUUAGGACCUCCAAUUUCAACACUUCCAAAAUAUUAUUUCAAGCGUCCGAAUGUCACAUUGGACGGUGGAUCUUUUACAUUUAAAACAUGGGGCAAAUUUUAUAAAUACUUAGGGAAUUGUACAAGCAGUUCUAUAUCAUCUAAUUACCCUGAAUAUUGUUCUCAUCAAAACUAUUAUAAUCCUUACAAUUACCAGGAAUUUGGCCCAUCUUAUAUGAAUUAUGCAAUAAUUAAAGGGAUAUCAUCUUUAUGUCCAGAUGGAACAGCAACAAUUCCGCGAUUAACAUUUUACACAAAUGAUGAUUGUGCAGUAUAUUCUUGUUCUGACGAUUAUAGUUCAUUCACUUUGGAUGUGUUAGUUAAUCAAAAAACAAAUCAAUAUACAUCGUUUCAAUGCACUUACGAAGAACAGACUCAUACAUUUGAUAAAACAUAUGAAGAUGGAGCAAUUGCAACAAGAACGCUUGUUUGUCCACCAACAGAAGCAUUCUGUAGAACAUUAGAAAGAUAUGAUAAACUUUAUCAAAAAAAUCCUUUUCAAAAUGUUAUAUUCCCAACACCGACACCAUUCGUUACUCCAAUGAUAACAGCAACGGAAACACCAGUUUUGACACCAGCAAAUACAACAGUACUUACACCAAAGAUCACACCAAAAAUUACACCAAGAGUAACUGUAUUUAAUACACCAUUUCACACUGCACAAAUAACUCCAUUCAAGACUCCUUGUUUAACACCCGGUAUUGAAUCAGCUGCAAGGAAAGUAUAUCGUGAGAAGAAAAUUAUGAUAUUUUCAAGUUUUUCAGUUUCAUAUUCCUUAUAA